AAAUGUCCACAUCUUUACCCACUAUACUUAUGUCAUAAUGUAUGUAUAUGUACCAUUAUAAUUCAUAUUUUACAUUAUCUUCAUACACGCAUCUCCGCUGUUCCCACACCCACUUGUGCAUAUAACUAAAGAAAGAAAUAAUCUCCACUUUCUUUUUCCUAUAUAUUUAACUGCUGCAAGACUACUGGUUGAAAGCCAAGAAGCUCAGAGGUUCCUCUGCUCACACUCAUGGAGGAACCCAUCAUAGAGAGCUUCUUCUUCCCUCCAACUAACCUUCCUCCUGAAAUGAUGGAAGAGAUUCUCUUAAGACUACCCGUGAAGUCACUGAAGCGAUUCAAAUGCGUUUGCACCUCAUGGAGGUCUUUGAUCUCAGACACUCUGUUUACUCUGAAACACGCUUUGAUGUUGGAGGCGUCCAAGGCAACCACUUACAAGAAGAGUCCAUACGGAGUCAUCACAACGUCUCGGUACCAUCUCAAAUCUUGCUGCGUCCACUCUCUGUAUAAUGAGCCAAUGGCCAACGUCUUUGAGCAUGAUGGUGAGCUUUUAGGCAGAGAUUACUACCAAGUCGUGGGGACCUGCAAUGGGUUGGUCUGUUUCCAUGUAGAUUACAACAAAAGCUUCUACUUGUGGAACCCCACCAUCAAGGUUCAACAAAGAUUGCGUGGUUCGGAUCUUGAAACGGGAGAUGAGGUUGUUGUAAACUAUGGAUUUGGUUAUGAUGAAUCUGAAGAUGACUAUAAGAUAGUUGCAUUGUUGCAGCAAAGACAACAACUGAAGACAGAGGCAAUGAUCUACUCAACGAGGCAGAAGCUAUGGAGAAGAAGAAGCAGCAGCAACACUUGUUUUCCAUCUGGAGUUGUUCUUGCUAACAAAUCAAGAUCCGGCAUCUACAUCAAUGGAACACUAAACUGGGCAGCCACUCACUCCUCAUCAUCAGUUUCUACCAUCAUAUCAUACGAUAUGUCCCGAGAUGUGUUCAAGGAGCUUCUUGGACCAGGCUGUUGCAAGAGAGGAUGUUUUACAAUGACACUUGGAGAUUUGAGAGGAUGUCUUUCGAUGGUGUGUUAUUGCAAAGGAGCAAAAGCAGAUGUUUGGGUGAUGAAGGAGUUUGGAGAAAGAGAAUCUUGGUCUAAACUAUUGAGCAUUCCCGGUUUGACUGAGUUUGUUAGACCGCUUUGGAUCUCAAGAGAUUUCGUGGUUUUGUUGGAGUUUAGAUCCGGUUUAGCUCUAUACAACUGUGCCAAUGGGAAGUUCCAGUACCCAGUUCAAGACAGCUUGAGCGGUUGUCGGGACGCUAAAGUCUAUGUCAAGACAUUGGUUUCUCCAAGGGACCUUUAAGAUUGGCUCUAUACACAUUGUUUUCACUUUGGAUUUGGUUCAGUUUAUCUGCGCACCAUUGUUAUACAUCUACUUAAAAGGUAUUUUUUGUUCGUUCUUUAAUCGUAAAGUUACAUUUUUCA